AUGCCCUAUACAGCGCCCGGCCUCGAUGGUGUAGUCGACUGUCCAAUUGGCGGUAACUUCGGUAUUGUCGUCGAGGCAGCUAUCGCUAGGUACGAGAUUCUGGGCGUGUUUGAUAAAGCUGAUGAGGAGCUCGCGCUGAUAGAAAGUCUGCGCAAGAAGGGCAAGUCACCCCCGCAGCCAAGCAUCCUACUAAAUGUAAAUAUUCAGUCUGUUCCGACGUGCUCCAAGAAUACGCUGCCGCCUUGCAUGGAUGUAACAGAAUUGGCCUAUGCUGAUGAACGCGCAGCGCUCGCGGCUGUGACCGCGGAUGGAUACAAGCUUGGGGAACCUGGAGGGACAGGCCGGAAGCGACCGCGCCGUGGUGGCGUUGGAGGAAGGAAGAAACCAGUCACUUCGGGGCCUCGAGACGCGCCAAUGCGGCCGACGAUGUCCAGCUUCCGCCGUUUUGGUGGCAUUGGAAUCCUCAUCCUAGAUGCAACGCCCCCCCCCCGAGUUGUAGCUGCCAAUUACGAUACGAUCGCGUAUUCACGCAAUACGCUUUCAGCUGCAUAUCGACCACUGCGGACGUCGCAGUGGGCCCUUCUGGAACGUGCACAGCGAGCCGAACAUGUUGUCGCACUCGUCAUUUGCUGUGAUCGACCGCUUUUCCCGGAGCCUGUGCAGUGGGCUCAGGAAGGUGGACACUCUGACCAACCAGCUGAUAUUGAUAGGGCUGUCAUCGAGGCAACCCGCAUGUAUGAAUCACAUCUAGAGGUUCUCCGCCUUCUCGACACUCUCUUUGAAUGGUUAUCUUUCCCCGCGGGCAAGUAUCAAACAAGGAGUGUACAACUUCUCUGCGGCGGCUGUCGAUUGAGCUUCAGGACAGAGAUUCGUGAUGUUGUCAGUGGCUGUGGUUUUGAGCAACUGUGCGUUGGUGUGUCGCCAUCGCCGGUCAAUAAAGAAAACCUACUUGUCGUAUCUCCGCCGUUCACAAUUAUCGAUCGCUACGAGUUCAUUCACACACCCACUGCUGUCGCACAAAUACCAAGCAGGGGGGGGGGGAUUCUCGAGCAAGUUUCUUCAAAUCCUCCAGCCGACCAGGCAAAGGGCAUUGCCUCAGCGUCCUACGGCAUCGCGGCGGUAUAUGCCGACCCACUCGAGUCUCGGAUAGUGGCCACAGCAUUGCCGCGAAGCGGAGUGACUGAUACCGUAGCGGUGCUCAUCGCUGGGCCCAUUAUUGGCCCGUUUCUACUUACACACGAUGAAAGCGGCAUCCCGCGCGCGUCUGCGACGGUCCUAAUCGAAGUCGACGCAGUCUGCAAGGUUGAAUGUAUCUGUGAAGAUGUCUUGAGCGGCGAAGUCUAUGCUAGGGAUUUGAUAGCAGCGGCCAGGCGUGCGCGUGUCUUGCGAGUACCAGGUCUACGGCUCGGCCGUCGCUACUCAUUAGGUAUUUGCAUCAAUAGUGCGAAAGAACGCAUGCAAACGU